AUGGCCACAAAUCAGAUUGGGCCUGUUGCGCGGGCCUGGUACCGGUGGAAAGCUCUACGCCUCCCUUGGCGCAAGCGCUUCCUCGUGGGUUACGACCUUCAGGGUAACACUUACUGGGAAUUUCGACUCACGAGAGGCGCUGAGAGUAAUGAGCGCUGGCGAAGAAUUGUUAAAUACCCGCGAUCAACACACUACUCUUCCGUAAAGGUCAGCCCUCAAUGGCACCAGUGGCUACGGCAUACACGAGAGGACCCUCCAAGUAUCGAGGAACAACACAGCGAUGUUCUGCGCCAGGUGAGGAUGCAGAAGCUUGCUGCUGAGGCGGAUGCUCGAUGGGAGGCCAAGCCGCGAGUCAUGGACGCGCCGCAGGCUGCGCCGGCACCGUUGCUUUCACCGGCGAAGGCCAGUCCUUUACAACAAGACGCCAGGUGUAGUGAGCAGACCGACAUGGGCCCAAAAAAGACCAAGGAAGAGGCUGAAAAGAAGGAUGAUCCUUGGGCCAAGGCAAAGGCCAGAGCGCCAGGCGAGACGUGGCAACCCACUUCUUGGAGUCCUACAGCUGCCAAGAAACGUUGA